UUCAUUAUAAAUACCCCAUUCAUUUCUCUUCUUUCUCUACUUUCAUUUAACUACCAUUUAGUUUCUUCAGAGAUAUAAAAAAAAUAAAUAGAGAUCUCUCUUUUUGUUUUUCAUUUUCUAGGUACAUUUCAUGAAAAAAAUCUUUUCAGGAGCUUCACUUAGCUGAACAACGUGCAUAAAAUUCAGGCAAGGCCUUGAAGUGGGAGUGUAAAAGAUUACAUAGGAGUUGCUGUUUUCAUCAAAGGAAUGGAGAUAUAUGGAAAAUCUGUGGUUGCGGGUCCUGCAAAUGUCAUUUAUCUGUCGAGUAUUUUGGGUCGAGACAGUCUGUUUACUGGUCACAAAUGCGACUGGAAAUGCCAAACCGAACAUGUUUUUGGAAACAUGUAUCGUUGCAAGCUAACAGGACUGACUCACAUUUGUGAUAAAAAUUGUAACCAGAGAAUUCUGUAUGACAACCACAGUUCCCUUUGCCGAGCUAGUGGUCAGGUUUUCCCGCUUACAUCGGCAGAGGAACAAGCGGUGAGAGGUGUUCGAAGGAAGAUUGAUGCAGAGAAUUCUCCUACUGACGGAUGUGGUUUUAAGCGCAGACGGGAUGCACAAUUCCAUCCUUCACCUUUUGAGAAGUCUUUUUCUGCUGUCAGUCCUAUCUGUAGCCAAGUUAGAGAUGGCAUGGAUACGAGCUAGAUAUAUGUCAUCUAACCGAAAGACUUUUAUCUUUUCUCUUGUCCUGUCUUUUCCCCCUUUUUUUAUCAGAUGAGUAUGAAUAACAGAACUUGAACAGUUAUGGAUUAAUUACCGGUGGACAUGGUGUUUUUCCAUCUUUCAAUUGUUGGAACUCCUUAUUUUGUAAUAUCAAUGUAAUGUGGUGGUUAAUGUAGCUUAACUGUUGAAUGGGAA